AUGCGUCUGAUCAAUGUGAACACACUCCUGCUGGGGGAGUUCAUGGGCCGGUGUCCCCAGUACGCAACCCUAUCUCACACUUGGAAUGGCACGCAGGAGAUAAGUUUCAAGGAGUGGCACAAACAAUAUGUCGCCGGAUCAAAAGAGCAGGGUCGUCUGUUCACCCGCGGCUGGACAUUACAAGAGCUCUUGGCCCCGAGGCGGAUGUACUUCUUUGACAAGAGCUGGAGGAUCCUAGGAUCGCGGCAAGACUUCGCGCCUGAAGUUUCAAACAUCACCGGAAUAAGAAACGAGUACGUUUCCGGCGCCAAGUCAGUCUUGGACGCGAGCAUCUCGGAGGUAUUUUCCCGGCUGGCGGGCCGGGAGACGACAAGUCCCGAAGACAUGGCUUAUCGCGUGCUCGGGCUUCUCGGUCUCAACAUGCCGUUGCUUUACGGCGAGCGCUCGGCGGCAUGUAUGCGCCUCCAGGAGGAGUUGAUCCGCAUCUCGGACGACCAGACGAUCUUCUGCUGGACGUGUGAUCAUAUGAUCCCACACAACUGGAGUAGUCUACUCGCGCCAUCGCCUUCGGUCUUCAAGGGCGGCGACCGUUUCCUCUGCGGGUCCGAGACUGACGAGCACAUUGUCGGAUGGAGAAAGGCCACAUCGUACUCGAUGACCAACGUAGGUCUACGCAUCCGUUUGCCCACGCUGAGGAUAUCGGGUCUAGACCUUGCCGUCUUGAACGUAUCCGAAAGGAGAAGCGACUCGGGAGAGCAGGACCCUAUCACAGGUCGUGUCUGUAUUCCUCUCAUGACGAACAACUACCUCGAUGAGGUCUAUGGCGUCUCGUCGACACUGAUUGACGACUCUGUGCUUAGAUUUCUACAUCCGUCCGUUGCAACGAGACGCGAAGAUAGUAAAGGACACUAUAUCACUCUGGCAAGCAGGAAGACCUAA